CACUCCCGCCCAGCCCAGGCCACUCCAGCCAUCCCCGGUCAGCCCGGGCCAUUCCUGGCCACUCCCAGCCGCGCUUGUCACCCUGCCAUGGCAGCGUUCAUGUCCCCUGGCCAGCACAGGCUGUGGUCUGCCUGCGGCGCAGCCUCCGCCGCCACCCGCUGGUCCCCAGCCUUUUGGCCCUGCUGGUCACUGGCACCAGCCAGCCCUCAGCUCCUUUCUGCGCUGUUCUCAUUCUCUGCCCUGCUCACCAGUAGCUGCUGUGUGCUCACCGCUCUCUUCUUUUUCACGACCCAUCCAUCCUCUGUCGAAACUCCCCAAGCUGCCCAGCCACAGUGAGAUGUGCAAGGCAAUCAAUGCCAGAUGAACAUCCGCGUAUUUAUGGGUCUUGCCAGUCUGGUGAAUAUCUGCUCCUCAUCCCUACACCUGGAAAUGUUCGAGGCCAGGAUUGAUGGCGCUCUGAGCAGCGUGGUCUAAUAGCACAGCUCCCUGCCUCCAGCAGGGGUGUUGGAACAAGAUGAUUUUUAAGGUCCCUUCCAACCCAAACCAUUCUGUGAUUCUAUGAUUAAUGUUGAAAUAGCUGGUGAGAAAACAGAUGCACUACUAUAUGGCAUGGUGUUUUUCACAUCUCAAUGAUCUAUUCUAUAAGCACCACGCCAGAAUUAAAAGAGGUGCAUGGAAUACCUUGUGUGUGCCCACACAUCGCUCUCGUUUUCGCUUUCACACCAUUAAGAUCUCACUAUUUUGGGGAUAUGUAAAUGUAAAAAAUCUUAUGUUGCAAAGCACUGUACUUAUGUAUUUAAGCCGUGCAUUUCUUAAAUCCCUGCAUGCCUCCCCUCCUCUACUGCAUUAAUUUUUACAAAAAAAUGACUUUACUAUCUGCUGAAUCAUUAACCAUCGCACUUGUCAAGAAAUGCAUCCCUGAUGCAGGCAGGGUAUGGCCAUAAAACGAUAGUUUAAACGCUCCACAAGGAUAGAAAUGUUUCUAGUGCACCUUAAGUACCUCUUGGUGGGUGUAUGAGUUACAGCAAUGCGGUCAUUGCUGAGGGCACGCUUCCCUGUGCCAGGUGAGAGAGAACAGAAACUGGGGGUCAUUUGGGGAAAAAAACACCCACACCUUCAGAGCUCUUCUCAUCUUGUAUAAAUCACACCGUGGGCAGAGGUGAGUGGUGAGGGGACUGGGAGGAGAGCAGGCAGUGUGCAUUUCAAUAAGCAAUAUUAAGCUGUUUGGCCAAGAGUUUCCAGUGCAUCACCAAUUUCCUCAUGGCUGGCUCCUUCAGAAACCCACAAAGAUUUUCCAUGAAAUAAAAAGAGGCAACAAAUUGAUGGGAGCCCGAUACAGUCUAGGCAGGCAGCACGGUUUUAGGAUGUUAAAAUCAUAGAGCCAUCAGGGCAAGUUUGCACUCCAGCACAUGAUUGCCAGCAAGAGAUUUGGGCUUCAGCUGGAUCAGUUUAGCACAUAUUAAAGACAGUUGACUUGUGCUUUGCCAGACUUCCGUAAGUGCAACAUCUUGAAAUAAGUGUAACAUCUUGAAGUCUUCAUCUGGGUAAAGUCUACGUUUGUUAAGAUUUUACUUGCCAGUAUCAACAACUCUCAUCUCCUGCUUUGACUCUAGUUCUUGUCACACAGCUGCUGUGGCUGAGUCACGGAGAAGGCUCCUUUGGGGCACAGUUCUGCUCCAAACACAAUUUCAGAGCUAGGAAACAUAACCCCUGGCUGCCUUAGGGAGUUGGAUCGUUGUCUCCCAAGCUCAUUUGUACAGCUCAGGGUCACUCUCUUCAGUCCCUAAGGCUCCUUUAGUGUUUGGUCUCCUCACUGAGACCGCUGAGAGAAGGAGGGAACAGUGAGGACAGCCAUGGUCAGUGUGAAAAACUGAACUUGUAAUGUUAAUGAUCGUGCUACGAAGAUUAGGUGGACAUCUCUUAAAACAAAUUCCAGGCAUAAGGAGCAAAACAGUCUGAGUGCUGGGCCAGAGAAGCAAACAUGUGCCCUGAAAGGGAAGGGCACUCAAACCCUCAGUCCUGCUCUUGUAGGGCACAUUUUCAUUUAUGUGAACCAUUUUCAUUUAUGUGAUCAUUUUAGCUUUGAGAUGUCACGGUCUCGUUUGCCUCAAAAAUCCAAAGCUGAGCAAAGAAACUUCUCUGAUCAUCUUCCACUGGUAACUGAGCAUGGGCACAGUCAGUGAGCUCUCCCAGGAAAGUGCCUCACGCCUGGUGGCUCUGGGCAUUGUUGGAAGCUACCCUGGGUCCUCAAUGAACAAAGCAGUGAGGAGCAUUUCAUAUGCUCCAGUCAGGUAAAAUGGGACCAAGACAUAUUUUACCCACCAGGCAUUUCUUCAGGAAGAUCAUGAUGACCCAGGGAAGCGGGAAAGUCUAUCAGUCUGUAUUCUCAGAGCCAGCAAUAUUUGGCUUCUCCAUGCAGCAGGAUGAAGGGAGAGGCAGGCAGGUAAUGUUGGCUGAGAGCUGUGAAGGCAGGUUGCAGGGCAGUAUUGACAAGGGCACCAUCUCCUCUCUGCUUUCCCCUCCCUAUUUCUAUUUAGGCCUGAUUCACCGUAGCCUCACACCUGCUGUCUUCACUUACACCAGUGCAGGGUGCAUUCAAAUCAGGUUCAAACGUAACCCUACUGAUUUGUAGUGUUUUAUUACUCUCUUCCCCACCCCCUUGCCGGCUCCUUCCAUCUCAGUUUUAUCUCUGUAUCGAUCUGUUUCUCUCACACUCUCUGACACGCUUGCUGCCUUUCAUUAUUAGUUAGAUAAAGCCUGGCAGCCUGAGCAUCGUAGCUUACAUGAUGCUCUCUCUGUCUCCUCCUCCACUUUGGCCCCAAUUCCUAUGGUCUGUGUGCUGGGUCCCUAAGUUUUUGUCUGCUCCUUUUUUAUCCUGCAUCAAGGGCAAAGACUAGAAGGUCCUUUCAGUGACUCAGAUCCUGCACUCUCCAAAUGAGGAGGUCAUCGUCUUCACGAGUGCAAAAGUCAUGGGUAACAUCUCCACAACUUAGCAAAACUUUGGCCUCAUCCCUAGAUUGGAGUGCUGGGUGUUGAAAUUAAAUCCCAGCCUCCUAGAGGCAGUAACUUCUGUGCUUUUGCUUUCCUCACAAAGCAAACACCUAUCUUUAUGGUCACAGGGAAACUGUGAAAUGUGAUUUUCAUGUAACCAAAAGAGCCGAAAGUAGGAGGCGAAGAGUGCAGAUGAAAGCAAGUCUGUACGACAUUUCAUAAUUUUAAGAUAAAUCUUGUGACAUGGAGACGUUCUGUGUUGUUAUUUCGGAAUGUUUGGGAUUUCUGAUCCUAGCUGUAACCACCCCCUAGCAUCAUCCCUCUCUUCUGAUCUCGCUCUGAUCUCUACAGAAAGAAACCUCCAUUCUCUUUGUGCUACAGAUCCACUUUCUUUCCUCUCUGCUCCCUGUCCCACUUUAAAGCUGUAGAGCUGUACGGGCUCAUUCUGGGUUCUUCCUUUCUUCGCCACCACAGAAUCCAAAUAACUUGUCAAAACGCUGAAGACAUUUUUUUUCACCAGUCCCUCUCCAAACAUAGCAGAGUCACAUCUCAUGAGACGAUUUUUCACAACUGUGUGUAACACGGACUCUGAGACAAAAACACUGUAAGGACAAGGGAGGCUGGCAUGACUCUCUUGGAUACCAACAUGAUAAAAGAAGGCUUUUAACCCUUUAGUUUGUACUGGGCUAAUGCACACAGGGCUUACACUUAAAAUCAGCCCAGUAUCAGCUGCUUGAGGGUAGCUGCAUGAUAAUUCUUCCUCUGAUCUGCUCUCACAGCCCUCAGGAUUCUGCAGACCAGGAACUGUCUUCCAGACAGGCCUCCGGUUGUGAUUCAAAGACUCCAGAAGAGAGAGGAUCCUGCACUUCACUAGGUAGUUUGUUUCUGUGAUUAAUCACUCUCCAGUGACUGGCUCUUGUUAUUCCCUGCCAGAAUAUUUGGUAGACUUUUCUCCAGGAAAGGAGUGAUACUGCAAGCAAGUCAUGUCUCGUUCUGCUUUUUGAUAUAUUAAACAGGUUGACCUCUUUAAAUUACUGAGAUCUCCAGCCUUCAGAUCACCUUUGAUUCAAAGUUAUUUUUAAAAUAUGGAGCAUAAAGCACUGAACAGUUUUCCAGCAUGAAAACUGUCUUACUCAUACACAGAGAGAGGUUUAAUCGUCUCCUUGCUGCCAUCCUCACUUCUGUCCUUACACAGACAGGAAUCACUUCAGACUCAUUGCUGCAGCCUGGACCACUGAUUCUGUGUUCAGUUUUCUGCCUGUUACAAUCCCCACAUAUUUUUCAGAGCACCUCUUUUCAGGACUGGAAGUUAUUCCCUGUAGACGUGGGCAAUUUUUUUUCCUGUUUGUGGCUGUACAAUUUGCUCUCAACAGUCCUUAUAAGAAGUUUUAUGAGAAUGGCCACCUUACUGAAAGGGGCAGGUCACUCUGUCCUGGUCCUAUCCUCAUUAUUUUUAACACUCUAACAAUAUUUGUGCCCUCAGUAAAUUGUGUCAGAAUGAACUAUAUCUGCUCACCAAGCACUGAAUAAAAUGGUGAGUCAUACCUGACCCGGGACUCAUUCCUGGGCAUCCACAUGAGAAACACUGCCACUCAAUGGUGGGCUUCCAGGGAUGACCUCCUUUGUGUUUACAGGGCGUUAAAUGGAGUUAACCAGCUCACUUAACCUCCUGCUCUGUUAAUGUUGCAUAACGCUUUUUUUUCUUAUCAGCAUGCUUUGGGAAAUUAACACUUCCAGAAGCCUGGAUAGAUCUGAGCCAUCACCUUUCCCAAACAAACCUGUAGUCACAUCAAAGACUGACACGAACAAAACAAGUUUAUGCAGCAAGAUUAGUUUCCUUCAAACCAGGCUGAUUGGCAUUAACUGGAGAAUCUCAUAUCACCUCUUUGUUGCUUUGCCGAGAAUUUUUCAGGUCUUCUGUUUGCUCUUUACAAAUAUUCACAGGGCACAGUUCUCUUCCAGUCUUCUGGGAUGUCUCUGAUAUUCCAAAGCUUAUUAACCCCUUGUUUGGUGAGCAGUAGGGCAGAGGAAACUGGGUUCCCUGUGGACUUUUUUCCUGUAUGUUCUGUACCUUCCACUACCAUACGUUCAGCAGGGGUCUCUUGAGGCACCCCUCCCACGGCUUGCCACAUCUGUGAGGGGCAAUUUCUUCUACAAUCUACAUCACUGGGCUCCCCCACCACUCUCUUAACAUUACAGAGCUUUUUUACAUAGCUCAGAGCUCUUUGUUACAUCUCUAAAAUGACACAGCUUUCCCAACAUUUUCUGCUUAAUUCUUUUGGCCUGCUGGAUGGGCUGCUCUGACCUGUGGGGCUUUGCCCAGCAGCAUGGCUACAGGCUCUGUUCCAGCACAGGCAUUGGAAGCAUCUCCUUCCUCUGUCAGGCCGCUGGUUUUCAUACAAUUUGUUGGAGCUUAUUUACCUUCUAGAAUCUGGUCAUUUUGUCAAAUCCAUGGCAACUAACAGACAGACAGACAGACAGGAUUCUGCAGGCAGCAAGGCAACAAGGCAACAACGUGGGUCUCUCUUCCCUUAAGAAACAACAGUAAAGCCAGCAGCAGUGGCCUGCCUGGGCUCAGGACUCCUGGGUGUAAAUGAUCUGUACGUGAUCACUGCCAGACAGAAAUAACAGCCAGUAACACCUAAUUCCAUCUCUCCCCUCAAAUUUCCAUGUAAUUUUACAUUAGCUUUCCUUUGAAAAGGAAACCAAACGAGCCAUUCCAUUUAAAUCACGUAAGAGUGAGGUACAAGUGACAUCAGCCAUUGAGCUCUCUGCUCCCAUCAUCUCGACAGCUUUCCUGAUUCCCCCCACCACAUCUACCAAGGUUUCCUUGGUCCCUAAAAAAAUCCUGCUCUUUGUCCUCUCUCAUAUUUCUGACUCCUUUUGCUGCCUUCUGUAGUUUUACUCUUCAGGGGGAUUUUCAGUGUUUGCGUCAUUUGGAUUUUCACCCUUUAGCUGACCUUUCCCUGGUUGAAAUUUCUCUUCUGUUUUGUGCUUCCCAAUUAUACUAAACACAUUCGUCAGGAUUUGAAAAGGUCAGAGAGAGCCUGUGUGCCUGAUGUAGCCCCUUCCAGAGCUUUCUACCUUCUGCUCCUUCCAGGUGAGGAAGCAGGGGGAGAAGCACAGAGAGCGAGACAAGCUGAGCGCUGACUUGUGCUGCUCCACCAUGUCUGCACAGGGGGUUUGUCGGGAUGACACAAUGAGGGAUCGCUGAGCAAGGUUUGUGCAGACGAUUUGUACAAGUCCUGGGAGAGCUGGAAUGAGAAGGCUGGAGUGUGACGGGAGCCUGGAUAAUCUCUGACAGGAAGCCCCAUGUACAUGAAAGGGACAAAAGGCGGGGUUUGGUGUGUGCAGCCUGGUGACACACAGGGCUGUGGCAUCUGACACAAACCUCGGCUGUGACACCGCUGCCCUCCUCCCACAUCACGACCUCCUGGUGACAACAAUCCCCGUGCUGGUCCUCCAAACACACCAACAUCACUCCCAAACAUGUGAAACACCUGUUGACUCUGCUAAACAUGCUCACAAAUUCACACACAAGACUCAAAUAUCCUGGCAUGGAAAGCUUGGAGCAGCCUGGUUCAUUGGCAAGGAGCUCGCAGGAAAUCUAGUGAAGAACUGACUCAAACCCUUCAGAUAUGUGUCCAAACUUGGCACAACCUGUUCUGGCCAUCCUGCCGUGCUCAGGCUUGGUACUUUGUGUCCAUUUGUCACCUGCUUCCAUCCCUCAUGCAGUGGCAGGUUGCUUCACAGCUCAGUGCUGUCUCUAUUAUUUCUUUCUCGUAUUUUUUUUCUCCCAGGGUCAGUCACAGUCUUUCCUCAUCGCUUUAUGAUGAAAAGUUUGAUUGUUUUUGAGGAUCUGAGGAAAUUACUGUCUUGCUGCCUCAUAUUUCAGGCCCUGGAGUGGAAACUGUCUCUCUGUCAUUGACUUUUUUCUCUCGCCCGUUGGUUGCUCAGCUGCUCCCUUCUGAUUUGGUCUGUGCUUUCUGUUUGGUUCUUGAUGGUGGAGGGAGAUGUUCCCUGUGAAACGCUCGGCCCCUCAAAGGCACAUCAGCUUCUUUCUUUAAUUUUGCUGUCACAUCCCUACCAUUUCCAGACGCAUCCCAUCGAUCCCUGGCAGAAACGCGCUUGGGGACGCGCUCAAAAGAGCCGGGCGAUCCCUCAGCGGCCAAGGCUCAGCCUCAGCAAACCUUCCUCCUCCUCCUCUUCCUCCUCCUCCUCCUCCUCUCCUUCCUUCGUCCUGGCCAUGAGAAGCACGGGCAGCAGCAGCUGUGCUCCCCCAGCCCUGUGCUCCGCCGCCCCGGCUGCGCCCCGCUCGUCUCCCCGCAAGUGAAGAAGAUGAGACAAGAUCCUGACUGAGCAAAGACACUGUUGCAUCUGAGAUGGAGCCCAGUGCCUGCAGGAUGCCUCCACUCCUCUCCCGCAUCCACUCCCUGCAGCUGUGGCAUCUCCUCCUCGUCGUCUUGGCCGUCCCUCCUCCCGGCACAUGGUCUCUCCGCUCUCGGGGCCCCGCAGCCCCUCGGCCUCUUUGCACCCGCCGCAGCCCCUCGGCCCCACGGUCCAUUUGCAUCUGGGAAAGGACCUCACAGCCGGAGCGGGAUUCCCGCUCGGAUUCCGGCUCGGAUUCCCGCUCGGCCGUGCCGCGCCAGCGGGCCGUGCCCGCGCGGGGAGCGGAGCUGCGGCAUGUGGUGCGGCUGAGGCGCCAGGCCGCCGGCGCCCGGCCCGCCACGCCCUCGGGCUUCGAGGACGGCAUGCCCUCCUCCCAGUACCCCUGGGCCAUCGUGUGGGGCCCCACGGUGUCGGAUGAGGACGGAGGGGACACAAACUCAGCCAACCCGGGCUUCCCGCCGCUGGGAUACACCUUCGUCUCGCCGCACGGGAUGGCGACGGCGCAGCCCAACUCCCACUCGCUCCUGCACAACGCGGGGCUCAACCUGCGCGAGACCCCGGCCACGCUGCGGCCCUUUCUGUUCGGGCCCCGCGGGGAAGGUGUGGACCCCCAGCUGUACGUCACCAUCACCAUCUCCAUAAUCAUUGUCCUGGUUGCCACUGGAAUCAUAUUCAAGUUCUGCUGGGACCGAAAUCAGAAGCGCCGGCGUCACUCGGGGCAGCAGAGCAGCGGGAGGCAGCAGGAGAGCCAGCAGCCCCUCACAGACCUCUCCCCCACCACCGUCAGCAUCCUGGGGCCCUACGGCGACCCCCUGACCCCCACGCCUGAGGCGGAGGAGUCCAGGAGGGGCCAGGAGGGUGCAGAGAAACUGGGUGGCCACGGGAAGAAUGCAGCAUUCCAGCUCAACCGAAUCCCACUGGUGAACCUGUGACGCUCCCGGGAGAGGCUGAGCUGGCUCCCCCACCCUCUGUCACCGCUGGCGAGCGCGGACUCUCCCCGCCUCUGCUGCCCCAGGAAAAAAAGCAACCUCCUUGUGCCACGGCCCACCACCACCACCUUUAUUAAGUAACCCCACCGGGAUGUGCCUGGAAAAAUGGACGAGCUGGGCCUCCUUAGCCUCCUGCUGGGGGAAGGUUGGGGACCCGCCCUGCCCACGCAGGACAGGGUGACAAGAGAGCAGAAUGGUGGGAGGGAAGACAGCUGGUGGUGGUGUGAAAUCCUGACCUCCCCAGCCCCUCUUCUAGCAUACGUGCACAGACACACUUGGAUCUCCAUGACUCUCUCACCAGUGCAUGCCUGACGUCGGGGGUAGGCAAGGUGGAAAGGCGUACCCCUGUCCCCGUGGGCCCUCACCCUCUGUGUGUCCCUUCCCGUGUCGUGUGCUUUGCAGUGAAUGUCUGGAGUUCAGUGGCUGCAGGAUUGCCCGCCAGGUGACUCGGAUGGUGUCAACUUCGUCUGUUCCUGAGACCUUGGCCCUCCUGAGAGUCCCAAGGGUGGGUAAAGCUUGGGCAGAAGAGGCUCACAGAGCACCUGGGCCCUCUCAACAACCCAUUUCCUAAGGGAAACAUUAUCUUCCCCCUAGAUGGAAGAUAAUCACAUCUUUCCAGUUUCUUUCUGCCUAACACUCCUUUGGGUUUUUUUUCUCUUCAGCUUGUAUCUCUCUUCCUCUCUCCAGUUUUUCCCCUCAGUUCCCACCCCCAUGCCACUUCUCUUGCCAGUUAAAGUUGGAAAUCAUUCCUUUAGCUUUCCAAAUGUUUUGAUCUUUGAAAGCCUCCUUGCUGUCCCUCUGCACCCCUUCAGUCUCCUUCAGCAAGGUUUUUCUGAAUAACACCAGUCUGUGAUGAUGCUUUCCAGAAAAUCCGAGGUGAAGCCCUCUGCUCACUGUGUUUCUUAGCAAGUGUCCUGCACACAGCUAAAGUGUGGAAUGCAGACAUUUCUGGGCAUGAGGAACUUGAAUUUUGCUGGGCUCAGGAAGAGAUCUGCUUUCAGAUACUCCUGGCACAGGCAACAAGGCAGCAGACGGGACUCUGCACCUGCGAUGACCGAGAGCAGUUUAGAGCUGAUCUUGGGAGCAGUGGAAGGGUUGCCAUGUACUGCUGCUAGGUCUCUCCUGGAGUGCAAGGUGACUGGAAACCCACGAGGCAGUGCUCACCAAGAGCAUGAGAGAGGGGUAUCUGGGCUCCCAGAUGAAGCUUCAUUCAGUCCCCCAGCUGGUUAGAAACCGAAAGCAAUGGCACAAGUCAUCUGUCCAACUUGUUGCCUGCAGAUGUCCUUCGGGGCUGUGGUGUUCUGUGAGGCUGGCAGCCACACUGUCACUUACCUGUGUGAGCAAGAUCCAUGCAUCUCCACCUCUUCCAGGCAUGGACCCAUGGGUGUCACUUUGAGGAUGUGCGAGAUGGCAAAUUUCAGCUUAAUGACAAUAGUUCCUCUUAGCUUUUAUGGACAACUUCAAAUCAAUCAAAACCCCACACUGACAACCACUGAGGUGAAAAGAUGCACAUUUAGAUAAGGCUGCCCCUACAGUGUACAAACACCUUUAGCUGCUGGACUGAUGUGGCCAGAGGCAGGAAAAUCACCCACAAUUUGAAAGCCCUAAUGCACUAUACAAGGUCUCUGACAAAAGUGAUCUUGGAGAGAGGGAAGCAGCCUUUCAUCCUUUAUCUCUGCAUAAAAAGCCUGUUCUUUAUAGGACAAAGCACAGGCAAUUUCAUAAGAGGCCUGGUUCUGCCCGUUUACCCAGCUGAACCAUUAGGUGUUCUCGGGUCCCAUCUGACUCACUGUGAAGGGCAUUUAAAUCAGAGUGUAAAUUACAAUAAGCUUCCCAAAAACAGUAGAGAUUUGGAGAAAAUGACAGGUCAAAUAAAAUUACUGGCUUAUUAAAAGCACAGAGUGGCUGAAAGAUGUAGGUGGAAAAGGACUCUGGAGAUCUCUAGUCUAAGCACAGGCUGAUUCUGUGCUUACAGCAGGGGAUAUUAGUGCUUUACCCUAGAUCGAUCUGUUACUGAGCCUGUUCUUAUUCAGGAUCCAUGCAAGGCUUGGGUGGACAUUUAAGCUGCAGAUGGACAUGGAAGGACCAGUGGCAGUUCCUGCUCAAUGCCCCAUUCAUUGCUGUUCCCCCUCUCCCUGGCACGUCCCUGCUGGGGAAGGACAUCUGCAGGAGGCUGCACUGCUGAUUGCUGGCAAUUUGCAAUACCUUCAUCUGGUUGAAGUAAUUUUCCAGACCAGAAUAAUUAGAUUGUUCUUUGAUCAACAGCAUUUGUUGAAACAAGGCCAGAGUUUAGACUCUUCCACUUCAAUGGCUGUCCUUGGACUUUCCACAUGCUGCAUGGAGAGAAGGUUUGUAAGAAAGUGGCAGGGGACCACAGGAGGCAUAGUGAAAACAUUUUCCAACACUUGAUGUGGGGAAGCCCUGAGCUCUCCUGGGAAAGUUUUUGUAAAUUCUGCAAACAAAUCAGAUUUUGGUGGUUUGGAUUUUUUUCCUCCCCCUUUUACACGUCUCUGGUUUUGGUAAAAGUAACUCCAGGGAGAGAAACCUUUCAUGGAUACUGUGGUAAGGGGAAAGCUGGUGAAGCUGUGUAGAGAAAACUCUUACAACAACAGAGGCUUGGGUAUACAUCUUUUCUAAGAACAAUUUUCCUAGCCAAAUACAUUUUUAUGAUAGUCAUUCAAUUUCUCACCCAAAACAGGUUAGAUACAGGGAAACAACUUCAUUGUUCUGUCCAAGCAUUCAUUGCUAUGCUUUGUCCCUGGAACAAAACACUCAGAACACAUGUGGACACACAAGCUUCUUCCAGUUAAUAAAUAAUCUCACUGGAUCUGUUUUCCCCAUGACUAGAGCCUUAUAAACCAUCUUCCCCUACAGAGACUGGAGCCAGAGCAUGCCUGAGGUCUUUACCCUGGCCCAGGGUAAUAUUUUGUAGGAUGUGCACAUGGAUGGGUUGAUAGUACCAAGUCAGGGCAGAGGACAGCACCUUCUUAGUCACAGCCCAUCAGGUUUCCCUGUCUUCUACAUGAAUGGAGGAGAAGGAUUGUUUUUUCUUUCCAUUAGAAACAGAAAGUUUUUCUUUCCAUUAGAGAGAAAAGCAUGCAGGGAAACCAACUGGAAGUGUUCAUAGUCUUGGGCUAAUUCUGCCCAACAUUUCUAUGCUGUUAAAAGGGAACAUCCAGGUGGGCCAAGUGAGAUGAAGUGACUGUGUCUCUGCUGAGCUCCUGCAGAGCCCUGGCUUUUUUACCACAAGGGUGGUCUCUCUGUGGGCACAGUGGAAGGGAGGGAAGUUCCUGAUUUGAAGCAGGAGCUGGAGUCUCCCUCUCUUUACCCAAGAGAGUGGUAUGACCACAAGGCCAAAUCCUGCUGGGGCUUUCCCAUCUGGCUGGUUGCAGUUGGUAGGCAGGGGAGCAGACCUCUGGUGUGUGUAUCCACACCUCUCCUCCAGUCCACUUUCCAGGGGCUAACAUCCAGCCAAGCAUCCCAAAAUUCAGAGAGGGCUAUCUACCUCUUCCUCAAUGGCACCCAAGUGCCCUUGCAAAUCUGGUCCCUUCAUUUCCCACUCCACUUCCUGACGAAGAAAAAUGCUUGGAAAGGAGUGGUUUGUUCAUUCCCUGCAAGUUCUCAAACAGGACCACCUUGAGACUGUUCUGAAUUAAACUGUUUUGUUUUUCACUCUGACAAACCACAUCUGUGGCACAGCCUUAGAGCUGAGACCUGCAGCACAAAAGUCCUGGGUCAAACUCCAGCUCCCCAGCUGCAUCCCUGCUAAUGUCCCACUGUAGUCCUGGCCCUACCCUGGCAGGACCAUAGAGAGAGGUCCCCUUCCUUCACCAACUGCUGGCUCUCUACUCCUCUUUUCCUGUUGUUUUCCCUCUCCCACUGUUUUCCCUCUUCCCAUUCUUGUCCUGUACCAUGGUCUCCCUCCUGGUUCUCUCUCCCUUCCUACUGUUUCACUUUCCCUGCUUCUCUCUUGUUGUCCCUUUGCCACUCAGUCUCGUUCUGCCCCGGCUCCCAUCCCCUCCUCCAGCCUCCUCCUGCUCCUCUGCUCAGUCUCGCUCUUCCCCUCCCCUGCCCUUGUGCGCUGUGAUAUAUAUUUUUGUAGGAUUUCUCUUCUCCUUGUGGUGAAAUAUUCAAAUCUUGUGGGAUGUUAGUUUCAACAUUUUUAAAUAAAACUUUGCAAAAUAUUGAAAGCA